GAGAGUGGAGACAAGCUGAUUGCUGCUGUAUCGCAGACAAGAGCCUGGCCUGUCAGUCCUGUUCGUUGCCUGGCAUGGCACCCACACUGCACCAAGCUGGCUGUUGCAGCUUGGGAUGAUUCAGUUCAUGUGUACAGCUCAAACACAUUCCUCACACCCAUUCUAAAGUGCAAGAGUCAGCGUGCUGUGUCCUCUAUGGCAUGGAGGCCACUGUCUGCAUCGGAGCUGGCAGUAGGCUGCGAGGGAGGGGUGUUUGUAUGGCAGCUGGACCCAAACUCAGUUGUGACCAGACCCUCCAUGAGUUGUGCCACUGUGCUACAGAAACUUCACCACUCACCUGUCACCAGCAUCACCUGGAGCCCACAAGGAGAUGUACUACUGACAGCUUCUGCAGCUGACACUGCUAUGUAUGUGUGGGAUGUGGCCAUGGAGAAAUCUGUGGCUCUGAGACGUGUGGGUGGUGGAGGUGUGUCUCUGGUCACAUGGUCUCCAGAUGGCUCCAAGGUGUUUGCUGCUACGACUGGCAUGAUAUUCAGGGUGUGGAACACAGAUCGGUGGUUACCCGAGCGGUGGACUGUUGUGUCUGGACAUGUACAGGCUUCAUGCUGGAGUCCUUGUGGUUCUGUGCUGCUGUUUGCUACCUCAGAGGAGCCCAUGGUCUAUUCUCUGACAUUUAGCAAGCUGGACACUGUUUUCCAGCUUGAUGAAGCCUCCAAGACUGCUGUUCCUGUCGUGGAUUUGACUGAGGUGGAAUUAGAAGAAGGGCAGAGAGUGGGCGGUAUUGUCACAUCACUGGCAUGGGAUGCCAGGGGGCAGCGCUUGGCUGUGCUCUUCAAGAAAACAGAUCUUGUAGCCGUAUUCUCAACAGAAAUACAUGCUGUGCUACAGGUGUCCCCAUGGGCAAGACAUGAUGUCAGUCAUCUGCAUGAUGUAUGCCUAUUUGAAAUUCAACUGUCUUAUCUAUUAUCUAANCAAGGUGUGUCUGGAGAAAUUCCAAACUGCAUCAGUUUUCAGCAGAAUUUUGAAGAAGGAGCAUGCCUCACCAUUGCAUGGUCCAGUGGGCGUGUGCAGUACUUCCCAUUGCUGCAUACAGAUCUCAAAUCUGAACGAAAGAUCCUCCAGGAGACUGGUCGUAGUCCAGACUACUCAUUGAAGAAUAUCUCUCUCACAUCUACUUUCAGGUCUCCAUGAUCCAUUUCAUUCGAUUUGGCAACAAAAAAUUUUGUAUUAUCAGUUGGUAUGUGAUUCAGACUAGAAAUAAACACUUGUAACUAUUUAUACUGGA